AUGAACUCAGAUGAAAUUGAGUCAGAUGAAAUUGAAUCUACAAGUUCCGAAGAGGACGAUCUCUUUGAUGUUUUCAAUUUGAGAAAAUCAUCGGCUAAACCACAGAAAACAUAUUCACGAUCAACGCGACGCAGCGAUAGCCAAGAACUGCUGUCUGAGAAUUCAUAUCUGUAUAAGAGCAAUCGAACCACGCAAGACUGUGUUUAUUCCACCGAAUCUUCAUCACUGAAGAAAAGAGUAUCAUUAGUUCGAAAACGACCUCAAAAACGAUAUUACAACAAAUCGAAGCUUGAUGAUGAAGACGAUGAUGAAAUACUCAACCUUGAAGUGCCGUCAAUCUUCAAAGACGGCUUUAAAUCCCAAAAGGUUUACACGCAGCACCAACGAGUGAAUCAGCGGAUAGCAGAUCAGGAGAAAGCAGAGGCGUUGCGUUUACAACAACGAGAACAACAACGGAAACAACUUGUGGAAGAGUUGAAUCAAGAUGGAGAGAGAAAGAAAUAUGAUAUGGUGCGUGAUAGAGCAUACUUGGAGAGCUUGCUCAGCAAGGAUGAACAAGCAUUGGACGGAUAUGGAAUUUCGCGUCAUUUAUAUAGUCUAAAGGCUUUGUCAUUUGAUGAAUCCAAGUUACCAAAGUACAACCUAAGCAGAGAAAUUAGUCGAUCGCUACAGUUUCUAAUUGUUAGAGAUGCAAAAAUUGGCUUUGAGAAUGUGAAACUGGAUUUCAAGUCGUUUAUCUUGCGGAGUUUGUGUAUGAAAAAUCCUAGGUUUUUGCAUAACUUGGAACCUUUAGUUGCGCUUCAUGGGGAUAAACCAGUUCUUACCGAGGAAGAGUUCGAAGAUUUGUUAGUCAAAUUGGGGGUCGAUGCAAACUUGAUAAAGGAAGAUACGACUCCACUUUUGAAAGUGGAGCGCCAAAACCAUGAACUAAAGCUUCAACUAGCACGAUUGACAUUACUAUUUACCACUUAUCUACAUUGCUCAACGGAGGUCGAUUUUGCAAAAAUAGCUAGAUACUUUUUACUAAUAAUAUCAGACUACAAUGCUAAUAAACGGGAGUUGCUAAGCUUGAACCUGUUCAUAUACACCGUGUUUCCGUUGCUUUGUGUCAAGUUUGAUAAUAUAGAGGAACUUGUUGCUCAACUACUCAAUGUUAUUUUAAGCAUCGAGACUUGUUUACCGCAUGAUACCGAUAAAGGCAGGAUCAAGAAGAAGGAUUUGGAGUUGCAAUACAAUACAAUCAAAUUGAUAAACGUGACGUUCUCUUUGAAAACAACAAAGAAUGUUAAAAUCGAAUCUGUUAUUCACGAGUUAAACUUGCAAUAUUUACUUGGAAGCAAUUAUCGAGACUAUGUACACAAAUUUACUAAACAAAAUUUGGUUUAUCAAAUUGCCAACAACGUGAUUAUCGAAGGCAACGUCAAGGAUCUUCUCGAACUAAAUGAUUUACCUACAGCAGAUAACAUCUAUCUAUUCUACUACAGGGUGAAGAUCCUUCCUUACAUAUUGGUCAACCCAUUCAAUUUCACUCUUGAUCGAGAAAAGAACAUUAAAAUCAUUCGGUCAAUGAAGAGUUCCGUCGACAGAAUAUUGCAAAGCUGUUAUGGACUAAUACGAGACUUGGGGUCAAUAAAUAUCGAUCUUGUCCUGGCUACAUUGAAAACUGGUGUUGACAAGUAUAGUUUUAACCGAGAAGAGUUGGUGAGGUUUCUAACUGAUACCCAUCAAGAUUUAAGUUUACAAUGCGAUAAGUUGGAAAGCGAUUUGAAGUUGGUUAACCAGGAUUUCUUUUAUGGGUGA